GAGAGCAAUGAGGUCUGAGAGGGAGGUGAUGACCGUGGGUAGGGAAAGAAAGAUAGUCGAAAUACAUUUUAGGGAACAAGAUUCUAACCCAGCCAACAUCAAGCACAAAGAAGAGAAAAGAGAAGUCUUUACCAAGGUGGUUAUUCGACGCCUGCCUCCCAACCUCUCAAAGGAACAGCUUGAGGAACAACUUAACCCUUUGCCUGCUUAUGACUACUUUGAGUUCUUCUCAGCUGAUCAAAGCCUUUAUCCACACCUUUUCUCAAGAGCAUACAUCAAUUUUAAAAACCCUGAAGACAUAGUUCUCUUCAGAGACCGCUUUGAUGGAUAUGUAUUUAUAGAUCACAAGGGCCAAGAAUAUCCUGCUGUUGUGGAAUUUGCGCCAUUCCAAAAGGUAUCCAAAAAGAAGCUAAAAAAGAAAGAUACCAAAUCUGGCAGUAUUGAAGAAGAUCCUGAAUACAAAAAGUUUUUGGAGUGUUAUUGUGGGGAUGAAGAGAAGGCCACUGCCAAUCCUGAGACACUUCUUGGAGAGAUAGAGGCAAAGACCAGGGAACUUAUUGCUAAAAGAACUACACCACUUCUGGAAUACAUAAAACAUAAGAAAAUAGAAAAGCAGAGAAUCAGGGAGGAGAAGCGAGAAGAAAGAAGACGAAGGGAGCUGGAGAAAAAACGCAUGAGAGAGGAGGAGAAACGGAAACGCAGGGAAGAGGAACGGCGCAAAAGGAAGGAAACUGAAAAGCAGAAGAAGCUAGCAGAGAAAGACAUCAAGAUUAAGCUCCUUAAAAAGCCUGAUAAGGAUGAUGAGCAAGACCUGGACAAGCUGAAGGAAAAGGGAGACUGUGGAGACAUCGAAAAGGGGAAGUGGGAUAAAAACAUGAAAUCAAAACAGUUAGACACUGUAACCAAAGACCAAAAGGAGAAAGUGCAGACAGAGAGUGACAAAGAGCAGCGAGAGCAUGGGAGGCGGUUAAGAGAGAAGGACCCCGACAGGCUGAGGUGCCGUGAAGAUGAGCGUAAGAGACAGAGACACCACUACGAGUUUGACAAGUUCAUGAGACGAAAGGAAGAGACCAAGUGGGGAAAGGGAUACUGCCACGACAGGGCUAAGAAAGACAUCCAUAACAGUUAUUCAUAUUGUCUGGAUGGUGACAAACUGGGAAAAGAAGACAGGGGAGAUGAUCUAAAAGACCGCAUCCGCAACAAGUCUGUGUUAGUGCAUCAAGAGAAAAGGACCUCCCAUUCAGAGGGUCGUGACGUGAUAGGAGGGGCUCUGCCAACGAAGGACCGUCCGGCAAUGCAGCUCUACCAACCUGGAGCUCGCAGCAGAACACGCCUGGGAUCUGGUGGAAAAUCUUACGACUGCUCCAGCAAGUCUCCAGUUCGCAUUGUCGACAGGAAGUUUGAAGCAGCUACAGGAACUGGAUCAGAGAAGAGUGGAGAAGAGUAGCAUCUCAAUAGUUUCAGAGUAUUAAGGCACAAUUCAUUCAACGUCAUUUAGGGUAACAUCUGCAAAGAGUAUCACAUUCAAAUUACAUUUGUUUUAUAUAGAGAAAAAAUGUUAAAAAAGACAACACACACUUUGCAAUACUCAAUUAAGCUACCUAUUGAAAAGUUGUUUUGAUGAGUCUUCAGUGUUAUUUAUGAAAUUAGUGCCAGACUUUACUACCUGAUAGAAGUUUUUUGUGCAUCAACUACUUUAUGCAAUGCUAGGAAAUAAUAGUGUUUGGUUUAAUUUGAAAUGUUUACUUGUGAUGCACUUUACUUGUCCACACAUUUAUUCCAUCUGUCUCCUAAAG